AUGGUGAAGACGAAACCGGUGAAAUACUUUGUGGUGGACGCAUUCGCCGAGUCAGCCUUCAAGGGGAACCCUGCUGCAGUUUGCUUGUUAGAGGAAGAUAGAGAUGACCAAUGGUUGCAAGCUCUGGCCUCCGAGUUCAAUCUCCCGGUCACUUGUUACUUGACUCAUAUCAUUGACAUUACUAAUGCAGCUAGCUGCAGUUUUCAUCUCAGAUGGUUUUCGCUUAUCAAUGAGGUUCUAAAUAUUCAAUUUUCACCUACUGUUUUCAUUUACAUUGCACUUCUAACUAGUAGUAGUGGCAAACAUGAAAAUAUACGUGUCCAGGUUGUGCUUCCAUCAUCAGGAACCGCUAUUGCGGAUUUACAAAUAAAUUUUGAUGCCAUUGAAAAAUUUCCGGGCUCGAUGGGAGUGAUUGUAACAGGAAUUGCUCCUCCAGAGUCAGAUUUUUACAGCAGAUUCUAGCCAAAUUUUCGGAUCAAUGAGGAUCAUGUUUGUGGUAGUGCACAUUGUGCAUUAGCAACAUUCUGGUGCAAAAAGAUGGGGAAGAAUGAUUUCGUCGCAUAUCAGGCGUCCCCCAGAGGGGGGAUACUAAACAUUCACCUAGAUGAGCAGAAUCAGAGGGUCCUGCUGCAAGGCAAAGCUGUUACUGUCAUGGAAGGAGCUGUUUUAGUUUAA